UUUUUUUUCUGGGUUUCUUUUGCAUCGGUGCUUUAAGGAAGGAAAUGAAAGGGGAUUACCCAUUGUAUGACCUGAUCGAUCAACCUUAUCUUCUUUAUCCUUAAUUCUGCAAUUCUAAUUUGUGCUUGUCUUGAAAUACUGACUGGAUCAUAUCCAAUGCCUCCAUCCUUAUUAAUCUACAAACAAACCCUACAACUACAGCAAUCCCCAAUUUCUUAAUAAACAUCAUGCACUCAGUUCUGUGUAGGAGGGAGGGGGAGAUCUAAUUGGGUAAGGUGAGGCAACGUUGUGAGGCAUGAAGAUGACCAUUUCUCUGCUAUCCCAAGUUCCCAACGAUGAUCCGCUUACUGGAUUUAAUCGAUCACACCUAAUUCUUUUUUAGCACGGCUUGCUUGUUCUUGCCCCAACUUUGUUUUAUGCGCCCGACUGUUGCAAUCUUCAUCUUUGUCGCAAAUUCAAUCAUCUCGAUGGGAGAUCCGAAUCUAGAUAUUGCCGGAAUUGAUGAUUACGCCAACCUCCGUCUUAUCGCAUUCCUGAUUCCACGAUGGGUUUAAGAGUGCGGGUGAUUAUAAAUUUAUAACCUCCCUCUAACACAACGGCUGAAACCGAAGAAGAUAAUCCAGAAAAUGGCAGUCUGCUCUUCACCACUCGCAGUUGUCUCUCCCAAACCAUCCAAACUCACCUCUAAGCUAUCGAAAACUAGAGUUACGGUUUCCUCACCUCACAUUUACAGCCCCACCAAAUCAUCAUUGCUCGGAAUAAACUACUUGUCUAAGACAAGUUUCACGCGGUUGAACGCUGCUGGGUUCGCAGAGAUCGAGCCUGAUCUCAAUGAAGACCCCACUGAUCGUUGGGCGACCAACAGUGUCUCUGCUGAGGAUUUUAAGUAUGGAAAGUAUGAUGAGCACCACACUUACUAUGAAGGAGAGGAGGAGAAAGGAACCUUUUGGGGAUCAAUAGCGGAAGACGUUGAAGGAGUAGGACCCCCUACAGGUUUUCAGGGUUUAAUAUCAUGGCUUUUUCCACCUGCAAUUGCUGCCGCAAUGUAUUUUCAUGCACCGGGGGAGUACUUGUUCAUUGGAGCCGGCCUAUUUACAAUUGUAUUUUGUAUUAUUGAGAUGGAUAAGCCAGAUCAACCCCACAACUUUGAGCCUCAGAUAUACAAUAUGGAGAGGGGAUCUCGUGACAAGUUGAUAGCUGAUUACAAUACCAUGGACAUCUGGGAUUUUAAUGAGAAAUACGGGGACCUAUGGGAUUUCACCGUGAAGCCAAAGGAUGAUAUAACAAAGAGAUAAAUGAUGGAACGCUGUGUACCAACUUGAGCAUAAAAGGUAUAGCAAUUGUAUAUGUUUUAUGUUUUGUUUCAUAAUGCACAGUUGCACACCGAUUUCUUUUUUCUUUCUGAAUUGUCUUAUCUUUUGUUUAUAUAUCAGGUUUAGAAAUUGCAAUUUGUAAAUCUCCAAGCAAGAGAGAAUAUAUAAAUGAAAUUCAUAUGUUUUAUUAUCGGUGUACAAAUUCAAUAAAUUAUGCAGCUCAUAUCUGU